GAUGACCAACCUUUCGUCAAAAUUCUAGUCAUAUUUCUAGCCAUGUUAGCGACAUCUGUCAGUAACAUUAUUUUAGAGCAGUUUACCUUCUAUGUUCAGUAACGAUUGACGUUAUUAGGUUAGAAUUAUCAAUUCUAACCUAUGAUUCUAAUCGGAAUAUGUUUUACUUUGUUAUUUAAUAUUGUUUGCAUGAAACGUUAAUUGAUAGCGUUACCACAAUCGAUAUUAUCAUUUUUUAUCAUUGUUUCCUUCAUAACCUGUGUCGACAGUGACAAUUUUUAUAUGAAAUCAACAAUAGUUUAAAUAGUUCAGUAUUAAAUAAUCAAACAUUAUGAGUAACAUUAUGAAAACUGCAAUUUUGAAAAAGAUUACAGAAUCUUUGACAAACGUUAACAAUAUAGACGUAUGCAGUGUUGCAUCUUGUCUGCAUUUAAAAACACGAAAAGCAGAAGGAAUUUACUCUUUCCUACUUCCAUUGAAAACUAGAGAAUAUAAUAUACAGAGCGAAGUACCGAAUAUUACAAAUAAUGAUCCGAAUAGUAUCUUUGACAACAUUAAUGUAGAGAACGAUGCGAUCUCUUUCAAUAUUUCCAGAGACAGAUGUGUUAAGGAAGUUUUGGAGCACAACCGCUCAACAGUGUCGGCUCCAACUUUCGUGAAUAACAAGAAAAACAUAAUAGUGGAGUUCAGUUCACCCAAUAUCGCGAAACCCUUUCACGUAGGACAUUUGAGAUCUACAAUAAUAGGAAAUUAUGUUGCUAACAUCAACAGCUUUGUGAACAAUAAGGUGAAGAAAAUAAAUUAUCUGGGUGACUGGGGUACGCAGUACGGCUUAGUUCAAUUAGGUAUCGAUAUGGCGAAUAUUGAUGAGGAUGAAAUGCGAAGGAGUCCUAUGAGAGUCUUGUACACGGCAUACGUCAGUGCGAACAAACUGGCUGAGACCGACUCCUCGAUACUGGAUCGCGCGAGAGAAAUAUUUCACGAUUUGGAAAAUGGUGCGGGAGUCGCGCAUGAACAGUGGAGAGCGUUCAGACAGCACACCGUCGAGGAAUUGAAGCGAGUCUACAGCAGAAUCGGUAUUACGUUCGACGAGUAUCACUGGGAAUCCACGUACAAUGCCAAAAAUAUCGGGGAAAUCGUUACGUCGAUGGAGAAAAUGCAGUUGUUAACGAGGGACGAGCGGAAUCGAAAGGUCGUGAGUCUGGGCAGUGAGAAAAGCGUUCCUGUAAUCAAGAGCGACGGCUCCACCUUGUACAUAGCUAGAGACAUCGCCGCGGCUGUCGACAGAUUUGAGAAGAACAACUUCGACUUUAUGUACUACGUGGUGGAUAAUACGCAAGCCAGUCAUUUCUCGAAUUUGUUAGAAAUACUGAAACGAAUGCAAAUGCCGUGGGCGGAAAGACUGAGGCAUGUAAGAUUUGGCCGAUUGAGCGGGAUGCGUACGAGAAAAGGGAAUACUGUAUUUUUAGAAGAGAUCUUGGACGUUGCCAGAGAUACCAUAAAGCAGAAGCAAAUUGACACGCAUACCACUAAAGCCCGUCUAGAUUCGUCCGACAACAGCUCGGAUAUAUUAGGCAUUUCCGCGUUGAUAGUCAACGACUUGAAGAGAAAACGAGAACGAGAUUACACGUUCGAUUGGAACGCAGCAUUUGACUUGAGAGGGGACACCGGCGUGAAGCUGCAAUAUACGCAUUGUCGACUCGUUAGUUUGGAGCGCAAUUGCGGCGCUGUUCUAACUUCCGAGUGUGAGCCAAGUCUGCUGCGGGAAGAAGUCGUCGAUGAUUUGGUUGUGUUAAUCGCCAAGUUUGAAGAAGCAGUACUGAGAUCGUACAACGAGAUGGAACCCUGUAUAUUAACGAUAUAUCUCUUCAAUCUAAGUAAUUCGAUUAAUAAAGCUUUCAAUUCAUUGAGAGUGAAAAAUGAAGCGCCUGAUGUUGCUAGUCAAAGGUUGUUGCUCUUUCACGUUGCUAAAAACGUUCUCGCACAAGGAAUGAAAUUACUUGGUCUAAUACCUCUGAAAGAGAUGUGAAGGCUCUUGGCUGGUGGUCCUAAAAGAGAUUCGAAACUGCCAAACUUGGUGAGAGAACUUUGGUCAGAAGAAAAUUAUGCAUCUAAUUUUUUUUUCGAUAUCGAACAGUUAGCUUUACUUUCUUGAACAAAUUUUAUUGUAUGUACAACGAGACAUGUUUCUAUAGCGCCGUUUCGUACGAUCUUAUUGUAUGCAGUGUGAAAAUUACAUGAUAACAAGCAGAAUUAACGUUU